AUUGCGUUAGUGCAAUUCGUCGGCUGAGGAGGUGCGUUGCUGUACGGCAAACAGACGGUCUCAGUGGGGUGCAAAAAUUUAAAAUUUACAAGUAACGAAAUGGCGUUGUUUCGCAUAACUACCACAAGAUUCGCCGACACACAGAAGAUUGUUCCACAAGUGAGCGUCAUUCUGAGACAGCUGAGUGAUGCUUCUACCGAUCUCAAAGCCGUUCUGGCCGCCAAAAUUCCGAAGGAACAAGAACGCAUCGUGAGCUUCCGCAAGAAGCACGGCAACACCAAAGUCGGGGAAGUUACCGUCGACAUGAUGUACGGCGGUAUGAGAGGUAUCAAAGGCCUGGUCUGCGAAACUUCAGUGUUAGAUCCGGAUGAGGGUAUCAGAUUCCGCGGCCUAUCCAUCCCCGAGUGUCAGAAGGUCCUUCCCAAAGCUCCCGGCGGUAACGAGCCCUUGCCCGAAGGUCUUUUCUGGUUGCUCAUAACCGGCGACGUACCUACCGAGGCCCAGGUGAAAGCCAUCUCCAAGGAGUGGGCCAACAGGGCCGAACUUCCUGCCCAUGUGGUAACCCUCCUCAACAAUUUGCCGGCGACCGUGCACCCCAUGUCUCAACUCUCUGCCGCGAUGACCGUCCUCAACAGCGAAAGCAAAUUCGCGAAAGCCUAUGCCAGCGGCGUCCACAAGUCCAAGUAUUGGGAAUACGUCUAUGAAGACACGAUGGACUUGAUCGCCAAAGUACCGGUCGUCGCAGCAACUAUCUACCGUAACACUUUUAAAGAUGGAUCUGGUAUUGGCGCGAUCGACACGACGAAAGAUUGGAGCUACAACUUCGCACAUAUGCUCGGCUAUGACAACCCCGAAUUCAUCGAACUAAUGAGGCUGUACUUGACGAUUCACAGCGACCACGAAGGCGGCAACGUGUCGGCGCAUACCGUCCACCUCGUCGGAUCCGCCCUCAGCGAUCCCUAUCUCUCUUUCGCCGCCGGCAUGAACGGUCUAGCGGGUCCCCUCCACGGCCUAGCCAACCAAGAAGUACUCAUUUGGCUUAUGAAGCUACGUCAGCAGAUCGGCGACAAGUAUAAUGAGCAACAGUUGAAGGAUUUCAUCUGGAAAACGCUCAAAUCUGGUCAGGUGGUGCCCGGAUUCGGGCACGCGGUCUUAAGGAAAACCGAUCCCCGAUACACGUGCCAGAGGGAGUUCGCCCAGAAGCAUUUGCCGGAAGAUCCGCUGUUUAAGCUCGUAUCGGACAUUUACAAAGUGGUGCCUCCAAUCUUGCUCGAACUCGGCAAGGUAAAGAACCCGUGGCCCAAUGUGGACGCCCAUUCGGGCGUUCUUUUACAGUAUUACGGACUGAAAGAGAUGAACUACUACACCGUUCUGUUUGGAGUUUCGAGGGCGCUGGGAGUGUUGGCGUCUCUCGUGUGGGAUCGCGCCCUCGGCCUGCCCAUCGAAAGGCCCAAGUCGAUGUCAACGGACGGCCUCAUAAAAGCGCUCAAAGCGAAUUAAGUAACAGUCAACCUAACCGCAAAUUUAACUGUAAAUUUAGAGCAGAGAUGAAAAGCAGUCGUCGAAGCCGAGUUUUGCAACGACUUCGUUCGGGUUUUUAUAAUGUGAUUGUCUGAGUGAUUUUAAGUUAUAGUACUUUCGGUGUUCGCGCUGCUCCUCAUAUAGAUACAAAAGUUCAAAGCGUCAGUUUGUCAGGGCAUCUCUCUGGACCUAUUUGUUUUUAUUUAUUUUAUUUAUAACGGGAAAAGCUUUUUCUUUCAGAUGUUCAUAAUAUAGGCUCGGAGGACUCAAGUAUUUAACGUUAUUGUACAGUUUUUUUUGUAUAGUUGUUGAGUAAUUGAAAAGUAAUAUCAAUAAAUAAGACAAUACUUAUUUAAAUUAA